CUAAAAUUCUGACAUUUGACAUCGCAAACGUCAAAUUCAUCAAAACAAAUAAAAUUUCUGUUAAAAUGAGCUCUGGUUCGAAAGAAACCAUGGAAAUGGAGGUUGAAACUUCAACAACCAGCCAGGAGGGUCAAAAGCAUACAAUGGAUACAGAAAUAGUGCCCCCAAAAAGCGUAAUGGCUCCUGGCACGGUGGGUUCUGUGACUUGUUCAUUGCAUCCCUUGGUGAUUAUGAACGUUUCUGAGCAUUGGACGAGGGAGAGGGCGCAGGAAGGGGAGGUCCAGCAGGUUUUUGGGGCCUUGAUAGGCAAGCAAAAGGGGCGUAACAUUGAGGUAAUGAAUUCAUUUGAGCUGGUGUUUAGAAUUAUAGAUGGGGAAGUUGUCAUAGACAGAGAUUAUUAUAACAUGAAGGAGGAACAAUUUAAACAGGUGUUUAGUGAUAUGGAUUUCAUUGGUUGGUAUACUACAGGUGAUGCCCCAGAUGCAAACGAUGUAAAAAUACACAAACAAAUAUGCGAAAUUAAUGAAUCACCUGUUAUGCUCAAGCUUAAUCCCUACGAUAAGAACAUUGAGCAUCUACCAGUAAAUCUCUACGAAUCAGUGAUAGAUUUAGUGAGUGGCGAGGCCACGAUGCUGUUCGUAUCGCUGAGCUACACUUUAGCCACAGAAGAGGCGGAACGUAUCGGUGUAGACCACGUUGCCAGAAUGUGCUCCGCCGACUCUGGAGAGAGUUCUCUGGUGGCCGAGCACUUAACUGCUCAACACAGCGCCAUCAAAAUGUUGCACUCUCGAGUCAGAUUGGUUUUGGAGUACAUGCGCGCAGUGCAAAGCGGACAGCUGCCGAUGAAUCACGAGGUUAUGCGAGAGGCUUAUUCUCUGUGCCACAGGUUGCCUGUGAUACAGAGCCAGAGGUUCAGGCAGGACUUCUAUAAUCAAUGCAACGAUGUGGGACUCAUGACCUACCUGGGAACAUUAACCAAAGGCUGCAACGAUUUGAAUCAAUUCGUGAACAAGUUUAAUAUCCUAUAUGACAGGCAAGGAUUAGGUAGAAGGAUGAGGGGUAUUUUCUUUUAGGUUUAUCAUUAAAAAUUAACAUAUUGAUUUAUUGUAUUUAUUAAAAUUUAUAAUAAACACUCCACAUUGUCUUUUUUUAUGCUCGUUUACAAAAAGUUGCCUUAAAAAUGGAAGACUGUUACACUGUUACAAUUCCUGAUGCGCAAAGGUGUAAUAUUACAU